AAAAGUUCACAAUUCGAAGAGAAGUGCAUCUUUCUCGCCGGGGUUGGCCUCUCAAUAUUCGUGUGCUAAGGAGGUCAUGUCUUUGUACUACUAGUAUUAUUUUCAGAAAUGUGAAGACUCCAGUUUUAUUAAUUUUGUGUUGUGUUGAAAGUUUACUCGUAACGACUUAGUUAACGGUCCGUCGGAAGUUACGAAAAUGGUAAACGAUGAAGAUAGUAGGAAACUGUGUAGUGUUUCUGCAUUAUCAAUGUGGAAAGCUGGUAACCACAUUAUGCCAGUCCACUAUGGAGCUUAUGCCUCUAGUACAAGGCAAUUCUGCAGUUCAUUAUGGACUCUGACAGCUCCUUGGAUGGAGAUUUUGAGACUAAACAUGAGAUAGCCGCUCAGUCGCGGAGACAUGAUGAAGUGGCAGCAGCCAUGUCUGCUAAAUCAGAAAUGGGAGAUGAGAGUGGAGAUGAAAGCGGCGAGUCUGUUGAUGGUGAUAGGGACUUUGGUCCUGUAAGGUCUCCUCUCCCCACUGGUAGGGAUUCUAGUCCUGUAAGGUCUCCACCUCCGAUUGACAGGAGCUGUAGUCAUAUCCAGUCCCCACCUCCCACAGAAAAAGGGGAAUUGUCCCCUAAGUCCAAUAAUGAGUUGUCUGAUAGUGAAAGUGAAAGUAUAUCUUCAGCUUCCUCAUUUGCAUCAGAUGGUCAUCCAGCUUCACCACCUGUAAUUUCUGUUCAAGAAGAUGAAGAGGCUUCAAAUGUGGAAGAGAGAAAAAAGGAAGUAAAUGGACCCAGUUCACCAAUGGAGAGUGAGAAAAUGUCAGAUAAGGUAGUAAAGAAAGAUGAGAUUCCAGGGCAUGGGGAGGAUCUGUCUGAUGUGUCAGACUUGGACAGUAAUGAUGGUCGAGAUAGUCUGGAUGCAGUUUCAGAUGAAGAGGGGGAGAAGAAGAUGUCUCCUAAGGGGGAAUGGAAGGGGGGAGUGAGUAGUACUGCACCAGUGGAGGAGAUGGAGCAGCUGGACUUUGAGGCAGAGGAGCAGGCAGACAAAGAGGAGAAGGAGGAGGGGGAGUGUGAUGGGGGAGGGGACAGAAGUGAGGAUGAUGGUGAGCUUAAAGGUGAUGACCUUGAAGAAGGUGAACUGACAGAUGAGGAUGAGAACCGACCUGAAGAGACUGAACCUCGACCUGUUUGUCGCUUCUACAACCGUGGUCAGUGCACAUGGGGCUCCAGCUGUAGGUUUGUACAUCCUGGGGUCACAGAUAAGGGCAACUAUACUAUGUUUGACAUGGUGAGACCCCUCGUUCCAGUCAAUGGACCUCCAGUGUAUCCAUCAGUGGACUACCGCACCCAUUAUGAAAAACCUGUUUCUAUGGGGCUGUCAUAUCAAGGAACCAGAAAAGAAGAGACGCACGUAUUUGAGUCAGCGUGGGAACGGGGUCUGAGGCAAGCAAAGGAGAUGAUGCGGAAAUCCACUAAGCGGAAGGAGACAGACAUGGACUUUGAGGAGAAGAAAAUGAACCUGAGUCUUGGGCAGGAGGAACUGGACAAAGAAAAUGAUUAUUAUACACGUCCUGCUAGCCCCAUUUUGAAGGAUGAGCCUGAUAGGUGGGGAUUGAAACUUGUAGAUUCGGAGGGAAAGUAUCAUCAUGAGGAUAGCCUUCUUGCUGAUCGUUACGAGGAUUUCCCUGAAUCUCCAUCUGCUUACUACCAUCAGUCUGUAAGAGGGGGAGGAGACUACUGGCGCCGUGUCCACUAUGAACCUGGAGAUUCACGGGCGAUGAGAAUUGAGACUGACUAUGCAGGCAGCACUCGAAAAUACCAUUCACAUCAGCACAGGGCUCCACCUACUGAAUACUAUGAGAAGAAGAAGAAAUCAUCACAUCCAGUCAGGGAAGUUAUUAUGCAGCGUGCUGAGAAGCCAUGGAGAGAUGAAAGAUAUUCUGAAGUGUCUGUGCCAAGUCACAGAGGUCGUGGUGAUGAGUGGGCUGACCCGUGGAUGCGGUCCAAGUCUCCAUCUGGGAGGAAAACAGGUUCAGCUUCACGUCCGUCACGGCGUCAGUCCUACUCAUCUGGCUCUUCGUAUUCAUCAUCCAGCUCAAGUCGCAGCUCUAGCCAGUCCAGUUACAGCUCCUACAGUCAUGACUCACACUCUAGAUCCCGUUCAAAAUCCUUGUCCCAUUCUCGUUCACGUUCCAGUUCACGCACUCCCUUGUCACGUUCACGUCGAAAGAUGAACCGGCCUCUUGUCCCAACUGCCAGAGCUGCAGAAGCAUUGUCACCAAACUCCCAGCCUGUGUCACCUCGCAAAGUCUUGAAGCAGCCACCUGAUGCACGUACUCUCUCUAAAGCCAGUCUGAUUCAGUCUGAAAAGAAAGCAGCCAGUGAAAGAGCACUUCUAAUGAAUCCACCAGCCCCGAGUCCACGCAAGCAGAAAGAAGUACGACCACCGUCACCAGGAAUGAUGAGAAAGUCUGCACAGAAUCCACCACCACCACCACCACCACCACCAUCAACAAACUCAAGGGCAAAGUUGAACUUAGAACGUUCAAAAGCUGCUGUAGUAGCUGCAGCAUUGUCUGCCAAAGUGAAGCUUCGCUCCCAGUCUAAGUCAUCACGGUCAUCAUCAGGGUCUGACUCCAGUGGCUCCAGUAGUGACACAUCAGAAUCAAGUUAUUCGUCCUCCUCCAGCAGCAGGGAGCCAUCUCCUAAGGCUGUGCGACCUCCUAAGAGAAUUGUAAUAGAUGAGAGGGAAAGAUUAGCAUUAGCACAGUCCUUGAAGGUGAAGGCAAUGGAUGCAUUGAAGCUGUCUGGACAGAAGCAGCAGAUAAAGUUAACCCUGAAAGCACAGGGCUCUGCAGCAGUCCCUCCUACUAAUAAGCGGCAAGUCACAGGGUUGCCAGAAUUACCAGAACUGAAUCUCAUACGGAGAGAACGUAUGGCCCCACCUGUAGUGGCAGGCAAGAAGAGGCCAGCUGAAGAUCCCCCACCUUUGGAGCCCUUGCUAGCCAACAAAGUGGCUGCCAUGUCAAAGCCAGCAGCAAAAAAAGCAACAUCAAGGAGAGAAGAGUUGCUGAAACAGCUGAAAGCUGUGGAGGAUGCAAUAGCACGCAAAAGAUCCAAGAUAUAAUAGGGAACUGUUAUCAUUAGGAAGAGAAAUUCAGCCAAGGAAGUGAACAGAGAGGACAGCAACUUUCAGUAUUUUUAUGUACAUAGAAACUUCAUUCCAGAACAGGCAUGGAGUGGACGCCACAGUUCAUGGGGUUUUCUAGUUUUUAUGUUACAGUUUGUGUAAUGUAUAAGAACUUAGGUACAUUAGCAAUGACUGACAUAUCACAGAGCACAUUCACUUUUGUUAGGUGUUUCUGUCCCAUUGUGCAGCCAGGAAUUUGUAAUGGCUACUUUAUUCUGAAGUAAUUAAUCAUAUUGUGGAACGAAUGCUUGGGUUCAGAGGGUAGGGCUUUAAAGAAUACUUGAGCCAACUGAGAUGGAAAAUAUUGUGCAGAUAAAUGUGUUGCUUAGGACCAUCCUGUUUUCCUGUUUUGCAUUAUUGCAUUUGUUUGAAAUUGUCUAGCCUGUGAAAAUCAACAAUGACAUAACAAACAUCUUAUGAAACAAGCAGUCAUGAUGCUUAAAACAAUUAUACAUUUUAUUUUAUAUUAAUGUUAAAUUAUAACACACACAAUUUAAUGCAUUUUGUGUUAUGUAACGGUGUGUUGCAUGAUGCAUUCAUACCAAUAUGUGUGUUUGAAUAAAUAUCACUGAAGUGAC